AUGCUUUUUACCCAUAGUGCAACGGAAAGAAGACGGGUGGUGGAAGUUGGUGCACAACCGGGAGACGACAACUCAAAAUAUUACGACGUUACAAGCGUUAUCGUCCAUGAACGCUACAGACUUAAUGAUCCCAAUAAUGAUAUUGCCUUGUUGGUAGUGAAUAGUACAAUUCCAUUAUCUGACAAAAUCCGACCAGUGGCACUACCUCCAAUCGGCUCAACAGUUCCAGGCAACAAUGGACGCUUCGUUAGCUUCCGCAGGCCGGGAAACUCUCAAAAGCUACAGGAAUUUUCCGUGGACUAUGUAAAUGCGACAGUGUGCCAGGAGAUGUAUGGAAGUAUUUUCAACAUUACAGAAGAUAUGUUCUGUGCUGGUCUCAGUGCGGGUGUUGGACAAACAUGUCAAGCUACGCCUGGCAUGCCUUUGGUGGGCUAUUCCCAAAACGCACCCUCCACUCCCGUUCUCUAUGGCAUUACAUCGUUCGGCGUGGGUUCUGUAAUGGAAGGAUUUCCCGGUCUAUAUGUGAAUGUGGCCGCUUUCCGGCCCUGGAUAGAUGCAAAGCUAAGAGAAAAUGGAUAUUGA